AUGUCGGAAAAACUACAUAUUCUUUUAGAAACUGCCCUUGCGCUUUCAGCGCAAUUCCAGACCACAUUAGACACGACCCCGCCAACAGCAGCAACAGCAGAGAACGACGACGCUGCGAACCCGUCUCCUCUUGUCCUCCUGUCUAAUAGUGCAAAAACACUAAGAGCUCAAGUUACCAAACUGUCGCUCCUCACAAUAACUGCACCUUUCACUCCCUCUGCACUGUGCACGUCUCUUACGCCCGUCAAUGACUCGGUUAUGCCCUCGAUGGUCACGGCGGUGCUUAUGCUGACGCCCGGCGAAUAUACAAAGGCCUUUUCCCUUGAGGCGCGAUUACUGGUGAAAACGGCAUUGAAGGAAUUCUCUGUAUUGGUUGAAGCGAUUACGAGCUUCGCGGAUGAGCUAAAGAAGGGGGAGAAGAAAAGCGAGCUCUCAAAGUCGGAAAAAGAAGCUAUAACAUCGCAAACAGGACGAGUGUGGGAUGCCUGUGAUACAAUCACGACACUCGUCACGCAAGGUGUUGUCGGUCAUGUGGUUCGCAGAGUCCAGGAAUGGCAUGAUCUGGUAAAAGAUGCAAUAAGCGAGUUGGAGGAGUGGGAUCCCGAGGAGGAUGAUGCAGACUUUGAAGAACUGCUGGACGUUGGCGACGAAACAGCAAAAGAUAUUGAAAAGAACGGCAAGGAAUCCGAUGAGGAAGAAGAAGAUGAUGACAUUGAAGCACUACACGAGCAGAAGAAGUCGCUUUUACGCGCUCUCAAACCGAUUGCGCAGAUUUAUCCGGCUAUUAUCUCGAAUCGAUGCAAAAAGGGAGGGCUCACGGCAUCCAAGUCCCAAAUCGCAAAGCUAGAGUCUUUGACAUCCGAUCUUCAAAGCAUCCCUGGACAUGUAGAUGAGGCCGCGGGCUCUUUGUAUGAGAGUAACCUGGACGACUCUGUCCGUUACUUGAACAAGGCGAAGACGACUGCUGAACGGGCGAUUGAAUUGGUCAUUUACCCCUGGACUGAGAACUCGACUAUUACAGAGCAGCAGCAAGGGGACAAAUUCACAAUUUGGUCAACAACUUGGAGAAAAGUAAUGGGCAAUGUAAUUAAAGAUAUUCAAUCAUAG